AUGGCUGCAACCAGGGCACGAGUUAGUAGCUUCUCUCGGAAUGUAUCAACUGUGACAUCUCAGAAUCCUGGACUAAAACAUGGCCCUAAUGGGACAAUGUUCAUUUCAUCUGGGAUUCCUGAUCUUGACAAGAUUUUAGGUGGUGGUUUUUCUCUGGGUAGCCUUGUCAUGGUUAUGGAAGAUGAAGAAGCACCUCAUCAUAUGCUUUUAUUGAGAAAUUUUAUGUCUCAAGGACUUGUGCAAAAGCAACCGCUCUUAUAUGCUAGUGCAUCUAGAGAUCCUAAAAGAUUUCUUGGUACUUUGCCUAGUCCGCCAUCAUCCAAAGGGGAUAAAUCUUCAGAUAUUAGCCAUGAGAAGGAUAUAAGAAUUGCUUGGCAAUACAAGAAGUACUUUGGUGAGCCUAAUUUCAACACUAAUAGUGGUGGUCAGCAAGAUUACUGUAAUGAUUUUGACCUGAGAAAGCCCCUGGAUCGACAUUUUUUUAGUGGCAAUAAUGUAGAUUGUGUUAGCAUAAAAGAUUCUCUGAACCUUACCGCACUUCAAGAUUAUUGUGCUGGAUUUCUCGGUAAACUCUCGAGAAAUGAAGGGAACAUUUCCUCUGUUGGUCGUAUUGCAAUUCAGUCAUUCUGUUCUCCACAAUGCAAGUAUUCAAAUGAGGAGUGGCAUAUGCUUUCCUUUGUUAGGUCCCUUAAGAGCAUGGCCCGGUCUUCAAACGCUGUUGUUGUUGUAACCUUUCCACCUUCACUUCUUUCUCCAUCUUGUUCACUAAGAUUGCAGCAUAUGGCAGACACCUUACUUUCGGUCAGAGCUAUUCCAGAUGAAGACAAGGAACUAGCAAAACUCCUCACUGGUUACCAGGAUAUGAUUGGGCUUUUAAAUGUACACAAAGCUGCACGAUUAAAUACACAGGUUCCAGUGAUUCUAGAGGCCACAACGUUCUCAAUAAAAUUGCAAAAACGGAGGUUUUUGGUCUUAGAAUGUCUAAACCAGGCCCCAGUUGACGGUUCAAGUGGAAGUUCAUAUGGCACAUCUGGCGGUUGUUCUGGGUCAACUAAAGGUGGGACACUUGACUUUUAG